AUGAUGCAUCGCUAGCACUAAAGUUAGCAUUAACUUAUGUUAGCUUCACACUAGCUGGUGUUUUUACUCUAAUUUCAGUGUCCAGCUCAAGUUUUUUGACUUUAACAGUAGUGGUCUUUGUUAACCUCUGUUUGUCAGAAUGACCAUAACUCGACAGUGGCUGCAGCCGCACAGAGCCUUAUAAAUGUGCUCACACAGAACCUCUCUCAGGGACAGCAAGAGCAAGGAAAAAAGCAGGAACAGGAAUCUUCAUCUGUAGAACAAGAGAUGACCAGAUCUUUUCCUGGAUUUUUCUCAAGAAAAAGUUACCUUGGAAAGUGAAAGAGACAGAGUCCAAAGACCUGUAGCACACCAUAUACAAAACCCUGGAAGCCUUUUAGUUUCUAUGUGUAUCUGUUGAACAUUAAUUCAGAGACAACCCCAAACUCAUCUGAAGAGUCUGAGCUUGCCCAGGCAGGGCUUGGAAAAAGACAUCUCACCAUGUCCAGGGAUAUGAGUCACGAGGAGGUAUUGCAGACAAUUUAUUUAAAAUUUGCACCUAAAUUCUUAUAUUUAAAACAUUCCCUUUCAUUGUAGUGUUAGGCUAUUCUUCAAGCAUCAACACAUCACUUAGUUAUGUUCUCUUAGUUCUUUAGACUACUUCAAAAUGAGUACCCUAAGAUGCAGGGAGUGACAGGAGGUUGGCUACUCUACAAGACUACAGGUGGUCAGGGUAAAAGGAGACUGGUAAUGAUUCCUCCUGACUCUGAUGGAUCCACUGGAACCCUACUUCGCAGUGUUACAGGGGCAGGAAAGGGCACCCUGUAUAUUGUGCCAUUGCAACAUGAGUUUGACCUAACUCCCCUACCUCCAGAUGCCAUUGAAUUCCGAAGCAUGCCAAAAGCACAAUGCCAAACAUGUAAAGUGAUUUUUCCUUUGCACAUUUUGGCCCUUCAUGUUCAAGAGUGCAUGGAGUCUCAGUCAGCAGGAGAGGAUAUUGAGAAAGUUCCAUGUCCUAUCUGUUUCUUGAACUUUACACCACAGUUUGUAGAGAUCCAUGCUAGCAUGUGUGGAGAAAGAAGAAAGGACAAUCUUAAAAUGGCUGAGACAACUGCCGUGAGCCAGGACAAUGGAGAGGAGCACAUCAAAAGUGUUGAUGAUGUAUUGGAUGCCAUUUGUCGAAGAGUUGACGUAGAGAAACAAUUCAACAUCCAAAUCUCAAGAACAAACAUUCUGGAGAGAGGCCUACUGCAGUGGCAACGCCAAAAAAAAAAUUCACCCACUGCUACUCUUUGGGGAGGCAGGAGUGGACACAGGUGCGCUCCGAAAAGAAUUUCUCACAGAACUGAUGGCAGGAAUUGAGAGCCAUUUCUUUGAGGGGCCAGAGCACCAGAGGAGCCCACGAUACUCUCUGACUGACUUUGACAGUGGCCUGUACAAGACUGUUGGAGAGAUUUUGGCAGUUAGUUUGGCACAAGGUGGCCCGGCCCCUGCCUUUUUCAGCCCAUGGACUUACAGUUACCUCUGUAGUGGGCAAAUAAACCCAACUACUCUUAACAGGGAUUCAGUUGCUGAUGUCCAGUUGCAAGGGUUAUUGGACCAGGUUGAAAUGUCAACUGAACAUUCAAUUGAAGGCCUAUCUGAUGAAAUCUUAAAUUGCGGAUAUACUGGAGCUAUAUCCGUGCAAAACAAGGAGUCCAUUGUUCGUGCCAUCAUACUCCAUGCAGUGCUGAGGUUGCAGCCUAUGUUGGAUCAAUUGAGGGAAGGCCUGCAGCUGUAUGACCUUCUUCUGCUAAUUGGGCAGUACCCAGAUAUCUGCCAGCCCCUGUUUGUUCCUGGGGAAGAUGUAAAAGUCAAUGCAGAGUUUGUCAUGGCAUCCAUACUUCCUCAACUGAGUGAGAAAGGGACUUCCAGGCAUCAGAUUGAGCUGGAGAUGAUCAACUUCAUUCAAGACUUCCUUUAUGAAGCUGAAGCUGAGGAUCAGGGGCAUGUAGAUUACCAAGAUGGCCUGCAUUCCAUCACACCUGCCCGGUUUCUACAGUGGAUCACAGGCCAAGGUCACAUUCCACUUCUUCCCUCAGAGAAGAAGGAUUUUGCUGUAACGAUCAAGUUUAACCAUGACUGUAGUGCAGACUUUGGCCAUCACAAUGUAUGUUACCCUGUUGUUUCAGCAUGUGCCAAGAAUAUUGUACUACCUGUCAGACAUAUGAGGCCUUAUGACCAGUUCAAAAAGGUUCUAAUUGAGGCUUUUCAUCUGGGCCAACAGUUUAACAUGGUGUAAAUAUUUAGCACUAGUUGCUACUUUUACUUUUGUUGUGAUUAAUGAGCAUUUCUUAAUACAGUGUUUCAGGACUAAUCAUUCAAGAGUAAACAUUACAUAUUUGUUUAAUGACAGUACUGUAGAGCAUUUCAUACAAAUCUUGCAGGUUCUAAUUAAGGCUUUUCAU